CGCUCACAACGCUCGCACUGAAGAGGUGGGUCGGCGUGAGCGUUUACCCACAAUGCAUUGUUUUGCGCGCUUCGUUGAAUAGUAGAGUUAAGUUAGGUUAGGUUAAGAUAAUUAUUGUUAAUUAUAAAACUGUGAUUAACUGUGAUUUUUACAAAACACGUUAAAAUGAAGAGAAUUUCUUUAUACGAGAAAGAUAAUGAUAAAAUGUAUGACGUAAUGUUGUUGGAGGAAAGAUAAAAGGAUUUUCAAUUAUAACAUAACUAUAAUGAUUUAAUAACAAAUAAUCUUAUGAACUUUGUACUAUAUUUUUUUAAAUAUGUUCCUUUUUUUAGAGAAAGUUUAUCGCCAUGUUUGCCAUGUUUAUGUUUUUCGCCAUGUUUGCAAUACUCACAACGCUCAUAAGCCGUUCCACUUGCCUACAACGCUCAUGCUAGUGGAACGGACAAUACGUUGCGAGCGUGAGCGUUGGCGUCUUUAUGUGGAACGUACCAUUGGUUGCAAGUUGUGUAUCCGAUCGCGAAUAGAACCACGUGCACUGCACUUGACGCUUUUGGCAAUUUCGAAUUGACAUUACGCACACUCCCGCUGUUCUUCCGUCUUUUUCUGGCUAUUGGUCAUCUUCAGAAGAUCUUGGUACCUUACUGGUACCUUACAGUCGUAACUGGGAAACUGCGUGCGAGAAAGAACCCACGUACCCACCCCUAUAUCACAACUUCUCAACGAGAACAACGAUGCCUAAAAAGAACAAGUCUAUGAAGAAGAAGACGGCCGCCGCGACAACCGUCGACUUGUCCUUGUCCUCCUCGACAACCAUCACCUCGGAAUCGGAAUCUUAUAUCGAGAUGGUGCGUUACCUCGAGUUAGACAACUGUCAGCUGAAGCAGAAGGUGCAAAGCAUGGAGGAGACCUUUACUCGGGAGAUGUCUAAUAUGGAGGCCGUGUACAGCCUCGUACUCUGUAACAAGCGGAAGCUGCUCGACGAGGCGGACACGGAACGCAUUGAGCUCGAGCUCGAUAUCAAACACCUGCAGAAUGAUAACGAAGAUCUCAAGAGCAAAUUGGAGGAGAAGGAAAAGGACUUGGGGAUAGCAGAGCGAAAUGUAAAUGAAACACGCUAUACAGAUUUGUAAUUGCAAUUUGAUCAAUUGCUUGCAGAGAAAGAUCGAGAUUCGAAGAAGGAAAUUGAUCGAUUAAAAGCACUGCUCGAUGACGCUCAGAAACAACAGGAGGAGAAAACUCAGAUGCUUCAAGAAUUACACGAUCAAAAUAAGGCGCUGAUGCAUGCUAAACGAGACAUUAAACUGCAAUAUAAAGAUAAAAUCAAGAUUAUGACCGAACAGUUACGAAAAUAUCAAGACGAGAGCCUCAAGUCUGAAAAAGCCAGAAAUAUCCCUCUUAAAGGCAAUAAACGAAAACGCACUUUGUUGGAGGAAAGUGAAGAGGAAAGAGAAGAGGACAGCAGCGCGUUCAUACAUAUAACGAAUUUAAAUUGUCUAUUUAUGUAAACCAAAUUAAAUUAAUCGUGUGCAUCAUACAAACUUUAUGUUAAUAUUUGAUUUUAUAAUAAUAAUAAUAAUAUCAAUUA